AUGGCGCUCUUCGAGAUUGACCCCCAGAUUCUACCGAAUCUGAAGCUGAGUAUCCAUUCGUUCCAGAUUAUCUUGGCCUUUCUGGCGUGGUGUCUGGAGAUUGCCGUUUUCCGCGGCGACACCUCCAGGAUUCUGGGAACAAAUGGAUGGACUUUCGCAGUGUGCUUCAUUUCCAUCCCAGCUUGGAUUUACCUUGUCAUGACUCCUCGAUUCGGCCGCACUCGCAGAUUCGCCAACCCGUAUAUUAUGCUUGCCGUCGAUGGCCUCUUCAUCGUCAUCUGGAUCUCUGCCUUCUCUACUCAGGCCGCGUACAACAGCUCUGGCGCUUGCGGUGGCAGCUGUGGCAUUAGCAAGGCCAUUGUUGCUGUCGGCGUCUUUGUUGCUGCAUACACCCUGCAGUACUACAACUUCCAUGGCACUCUACCAGGCUAUGAUAGUCGCAAGAUCAGCGGCAGCGAGAACAUCGAUCCCGACAAGGCUGCCUUCUCCAUGGCGCCCCAUGAUGAAGAGGCUUACGAGCGAGUCAACAUGGACGACCACGAUGCUCCAAGCUCUUACGAUGACCACAACACUAGCAUGAACAGCCGCUACGGCGACAACACCCCUUACAACCCCGAUGAUUAUGACGACCCAAGCCGCUAUGGCGCUCUGCCGCCACGAACCAACAGCAACCCCCUUUUCGACAGUGAAACUGAAUACCAUGGAAGCGCUCUCGGUACCGAUAUCAGCGCCCCUCACAAGACACCGUCGCCCGGCCCUUACAGCGGCAACCAUGCAGAUACUUAUGCCGAUGGCCCGGUGCAGUUCCCCACUGGUCACUACGACCGGAUAGAGACUUGA